AUGGCAUCAUCACAACCCAAGAAGGACGACAAGCCGACGCCCUCCAACGAGGCCAAGCCCGAGGAGACCCAGCAGAAGUCGGCCGCCGCGCUCGAGGAGGAUGAUGAGUUCGAGGACUUCCCCGUCGAGGACUGGCCCGUAGAGGAGACCGAGGCGGCCAACAGCAGCGAGACCAAGCACCUGUGGGAGGAGUCCUGGGACGACGACGAUACGAGCGACGACUUCUCCCAGCAGCUCAAGGAGGAGCUCAAGAAAGUCGAGGAGUCAAAGCGCCGGAGAUAG